AUGGUUAAAAAACAGGGCAAGAAGAGUGCUUCCGCCUCAAAAGAACCAACAAACCCAUUAUACGCAAAGAAAGAACGUAACCUCAGAAUUGGAGGCAGCAUACAGCCAAAGCGCGAUCUUUAUCAUUAUCUUCGUUGGCCUGAGUACAUUCAACUUCAACGAAAGAGAAGUGUUCUUUUAUCACGCCUUAAGGUCCCACCACCAAUUAAUCAGUUCAGAUCUACUUUUGACGUCUAUUAUUUUAUAAAAAAAAAAAUUAUUUAGGAUUUUUUUAUAUUUUUUUAAAAAAAUUAAUUACAGGGAAUAUAAAUAAAUUAGCAGCCCUUUUGACAAAGCACAAGCUAUGGCUCUUUUCAGACUCCUUGCUAAAUACAGACCAGAAUCCCGUGCAGAGAAAAAGAAAAGACUUGAAGCUGAAGCCAAAGGUGAAGGACAAAAAACUAAGCCAUUUUUGCUUAAAUACGGGCUUAACCAAAUCACCAGUCUUGUAGAAAGCAAAAAAGCCAAGCUUGUAGUGAUUGCCCACGACGUAGAUCCUAUUGAGCUCGUUCUUUGGCUUCCACAGCUGUGCAGAACUAUGGAUGUCCCAUACUGCAUUGUAAAAGGAAAAUCAAGACUCGGCACUUUAACCCACAAAAAGACAUGUACAGCAGUAGCCCUUACAGAAGUAAGAAAAGAAGACGUCCAUGAUUUGGAACUUAUCACAAAAAAUGCUAGAUCUCUUUUCAACGAAAAUCCUGAUGUUGCCAAGUGGGGUGGUGGUAUUCUUGGAGUCAAAAGCCAACAAAGAAUUGAAAGAAAAGAAAAAUUGAUAGCCCAAGAAGCUGCUAAAAAAGCUGGUCUUUAA